AUGGUCCUGCGAAGGUUGCUGCUAAGUUGGCUGAACAAUGCUCAGCUGGUAGAGAAACUGUCGGAGACGCGGCCGAUCCGGAGAGCGGCCCAGAUCACCGUCUACGCUAUCAUGCGGCUCCAGCUGGGUAGCCGGGAGGCGGCCGAGCGGCUGAACCGCUCCGGGGCCCUUCGGCCCGGCACCAUGGCCCGCAACCUCGGGGAGCUGGGCCGGAGAGCGGCCCGGCUGAAGAAUGCCUUGAUGGGGGCCUCUGGGCAGAAGAAACAGAAGUAAACCAGGAGUCUUUCCGAGAUCCCCUGGAGCAGGAACAAAGGUAUUGUGGAAGGCUUUUCCGCUGGGAAGCAGAGCAGUAAAGAGCUGUCAGGAGAGCGGAGGACGUUUGUAUGGAUCUCGGUGUUCAACUUCUAUCACAACUUUUAUCUCGACAAAGAGUCGGAAACAAGAUUGAAAUCACCCGCCAGGCCAAAUCGUACACAAGACUACUUCCCUAUGAGACAAUAUUGUGGUUUCACAAUUUGUUUUGGUGUAAAUUGUGUAAAGCGUGAUUAAAAUAUUUAAAUGUAAAUGUAAAUAAUGACAACUCAAAAUUAUGCCACUGAACAGUUCUUAUUGCAUGCGAUUAGAACAGUCAUAGACGUGGUGCUGACCCACUUACACAAUGUUACCGUAUCCCCACCCCAUCCACUCACACUACGUUCUACCACUAACCUGCAAUAAGGACAUUUUACUGUAGCUAAUUAACCUGCCAGUCAGCUUGUCUCUGGGAUGUGAGCGGAAUCCAGAGCACUGAUUUGAGGGGAGGGGGGGGGGGGUUUGAACUCACCUGACCACAGAGAAAACAUACAAACUCCACACAGCUGGCACCUUAGGUCGGAAUUCUACCUGGGUAAUGGCACCAGUCUGUGCUUUAUGGAAACAGACAGUCUCAGUCAAUUGUGUUCAGCCUAUUGUACAGAAAAUCUAUAUGGCAAAAUUUUAAAAAUUGGCAAUUUGUUCUAUUUAUGUAAUUCCAAUGUACUUGACUUGGUAAAUAAAGCUGCACACCCAUUUAGGAUCUA